AUGGCUGCCAAUGAAGUGCAAGAUGAGCUUAUAAAAGCUCUGUUGACUCUGUGCAAAAGUGAAGGCAGUCUAUGGCGUGCACUUCAGGGUCGUGAAGGAGUUCAACUAUUGAUAUCUCUUCUCGGCCUUUCAUCAGAACAACAGCAAGAAUGUGCAGUUGCAUUGCUUUGCCUUUUAUCUAAUGAAAAUGAUGAAAGUAAAUGGGCAAUUACCGCUGCUGGUGGUAUACCUCCGCUUGUUCAAAUUUUGGAGACAGGAUCUGCAAAAGCAAAGGAAGAUUCCGCUAGAAUCCUUAAGAAUUUGUGCAAUCAUAGUGAAGACAUACGUGCUUGUGUUGAAAGCGCAGAUGUUGUUCCUACAUUGUUGUGGCUAUUGAAAAAUGGAAGUCCUAAUGGGAAGGAUAUUGCAGCAAAGACUAUAAAUCAUUUAAUUCAUAAAUCUGAUACUACGACUAUCAGUCAGCUUAUAGCAUUAUUGACUAGUGAACUUCCUGAUUCUAAGGUAUAUAUUUUGGAUGCUUUGAGAAGUAUGCUUUGUGUUGCUCCUCUUAGCGACAUUUUACGUGAAGGUAGUGCCUCCGGUGAUGCAUUUGACACCGUGAUAAUGUUAUUGAGCUCUAACAAGGAAGAGACUCAGGCAAAAUCUGCUUCAGCUCUGGCUGAAAUUUUCGAAGCAAGGAAAGAUUUGCGUGAAAGUAGCAUUGCUGUCAGAGCUCUUUGUUCAGCCAUGAAGCUGCUCAAUGUUGAAUCCGAAAGUAUCCUAAUGGAGUCCUCAAACUGCCUGGCUUCAAUAUUUCUUUCCAUCAAAGAGAACAAGGAUGUAGCCGCUCUUGCUAGAGAUACAUUAACCACCCUAGUUACUCUAGCUAACUCUUCAGUUUUGGAAGUGGCAGAGAUGGCUAUAGGUGCUUUAGCGAAUCUUAUUUUGGAUACUGAAAUAGCAAAGAAAGUUGUUCUAGAAGAAGUUAUCUUGCCUGCCACCAGAGUAUUACGUGAAGGCACAAAUUCUGGAAAAACUCGUGCUGCAGCUGCUAUCGCUCGCCUCUUACAUUCUCAGAAAGUUGAUAAUGUUGUUACUGAUUGUGUGAAUCGCGCCGGCACUGUUCUUGCAUUAGUUUCCUUUUUGGAUUCUUCUGUCAAUGAAUCUGUUUCCACAUCAGAGGUUCUAGAAAUUUGGCUAUGCAAACGCCCUCUUAAUAUUCUAUAUGUUAUGAUAUUUGGAAACAAUAGGAUUUGGUAA